AUGACAGUCGCCUGCAGAAGCAGACGGCAGCAGAUGGGAUGCGUGGACAGGCACAAAAGGGGAGCAAAAGGGUGCCGGCAAAAGCGCCCAGAAGCCGCCUGCCGCGUCGCUGCAAUGGGCUUCGAGGCGAUCCGUCCGAGUCGACGGGCAGACAUGGACUCUACUGGACACAGGCAGACUUGUGGAAUGCCUCAUCCUUGCUCCGUCGUGGAGUGCACUUUCCGACUGCCGAAUCUCUGA